ACAUCUGGCCGGCCGCCCUUCCGCUCUUAGCCGGGCAUAGAUUCCCGCUUCUUCCCUGGCGGGGACUCCGAUUCCCAUCGGCCGCGGCUGUCUGCUGGAAGGGAUAAUGGGAGAGGGGUCCCCAUCUCUGCCCUGGCCGAGGAACCUCCCCCUCCUUCGACCGAGCCGGUUUUGGCAGCGCUCCGCCGAGGGGCGGUGGGUUGCACGAGCGGAAGGGGGCGCGACCCCCUCCCCGAUUGGCUUCCGUCCCUAGUGGGGGGAGGAUGAUGGGAGUUGAGGUCCAGAAGGCGGGGGCUGGCCAGAGUAGCCGAUGAGCAGCAACUGGGGGAAAGGAAUAGGGGCCUCCCCUCGCAAAGGAAGACUGCUCUUGAACCGGGAGGCUCUCCAUAAAAGACAGUCCUAGCAAUCGGUGGAGGAGGAGAUUUGGAGGGGGGUGAGUGGCCCCUGGGGAGGUCCCCAAAUCUCCAGCCCCAGAUUUUGUGGCCUUGUGCAGUGGGAGAGUCUGGAAGGGGGACUGACCCCCACCCCCAAAAGAGGCUGCUUUGGAGAUCUAAGGAGCUGCAGAUUAACAGAUGCCCACCGACUUUUGCCACCUGACCACUGGCAUUUGGGGGUAGACACUGACUGACCCUGGAGAAUUCAUCCUGCCUUCCUAAGCCCAGGAGCUGUCCACAGCUCCCUCCAGCUCUGCAAAACCAGGAGAGAAUCUUGAACCCUCUUUUUAGAGGUCUCCAACUACAAUACCCAGAGUUCCCAGCAGCAGGGAAUGAGGAGGGCUGUUGUCUCAAAGUUCCUGAAGGGUGUCAGAGAGGUGUCACUCUUCUGCGUUUUUCUGUUGCCUUUCCUGCAUGACAUGUCUUGUGGCAAGGAGUUCCGCUGAUGAAUAUGCAACCAAUGGGGAUCCCUGUCCUGCCCCUGGCUGAACGGUGCAUCCCCAUUUGUUCUUUACCAGAGAGGCCCCCUCCUUAUGCCAUCUCCUGAAACCCAUAUGUGUAUGUGUAGGUUUGUGGCUAAGCAGAAACCGAGAAUUUGCCCUAGCUUGUGUGUUGUGUAUUUGUUUCAAAAUGAGGCACAGGCCAAUGGACUGGAAAGCCCCUCUUUCAAAGUUCUUGUGUGUGUGUGUGUGUGUGUUCGGCCAGCUACUUGCUCUAAGCCUCACCAUCCCCAACUGCAUCCAAGCCCCCCUUGAUUGUCAGGGCCCUCCGGAGGGAUUGGGACUACAUAUCCCAGGCUUCUUAUCCAGUUGGGGGACUGUGGGAUUCAUAGGCUGCUGUCGUCAUGAAAUAUUAGACUGGGGUGUCCAAUCUUGGCAACUUUAGAACUUGUGGACUUCGGCUCCCAGAAUUCCCCAGUCAGUCAUGCCUGUUUAUUUUUCUCCCACUUCCUGGAGCGGAGAGAUUGCAGAGGAAGGGAGCAUAAAAGAGUAAGCAGGCAUGCAAUGGGGAUACAGACCAAAAGGAACGUGUUAUCGCCAGGGAAUCCUGGGAGCUGAAGUGCACAAAUCUUAAAGCUGACAAAAUUGGACACCUCUGUGCUAGAAAGAUUGGCUUUGAACCAAACAUCAGAAAACAAGAAAACUGCAAGUAAAAAAAUAAAAACAAACAAAUAGCAAACCCAAAAUUUACACGAGAGAAAUAGAUACAAAGACUAAGCUUGCAGUGACACGUGGGAUUAAAUGAAACAGAGAUAAGAUUUAGAACUGGGAGGGGAGAGAAUUUUUAAUUUUUUCCAAAUGCUUCCCCCCCCCCUUUAUGGGAAGCUAAUUACUGUGCACCGAGGGACCACAACAAAGAACGCCGUGGCGCCUAGAAGACCGGUGCGCGGACGUCCCAGCACCCACUUUGGGGACUGCGGGAAAAACAGGGCUGUGAAUUAGCAAGGCCUUUAUAAAUAUUUGGGUCUCUUGGGGGGGGAGCUCUUUGCCACUGGAGUGCAAAUGCAAAGGGGUCCUCUAGUCCGGAAGCCAGAGACCCAUUUCAGUCAAUCAGAAUAGAGCUGGAAGGGACCUCAGAGGUCCUCUAGUCCAACCCCCUGCCCAAGCCGGAGACCCUAGACCAUUUCAAUCAAUCAAUCAGAAUAGAGCUGGAUUAAUUUUAAUUUUCCUUACGCAAUCUAAUGCUAACAUCUUUGUGACUGGAGAUCUUAUGCUACGCCUGACCUCUUUGUCGCUGAAGAGGAAAGGUUUGGGGUAUAAAUAUGUAUAUAUAUUUAUAUAUAUAAAUACAUAUAUAUUUAUGUUCAGCAUCUCCCUCCAUGUUCUCAUGAUGUAAACAAAGGCAGAGACGCAGCAUCUGGCUUGGAUCAGGGAACUACGAUCAAUUUCCCCGAUGUUUAAUCAUCAUUAAAUUGCAAUAGCAGCUGGCUGAGCCUGUCUGGGGAAGAGGCUGGCCGUCCGAGAUUAAACGUGUUUUUGCAAAAUUUACAACCAGAGGCCCAAAAUCAGCAGUUGCAGCGUCCCAGGCUCACGGGAUGGCCACUGGCGACCUUAACGUCUCUCUUAACAACCAUGGGCAAAAAUGUUGUCAAAUCGGGCGCAGGGAUGACCCACUUAACAGCUGCCUGGCUUAGGGACGGAAUUUAGGACUAGCCAUAUCUCAGCCGUCAGGAUCUGCUUGGCCGUCAUUCCCCGGGGACCCUGCACGGUCCAUCAUGGAGAAUGAACAGAUCCAGACUCCGCCGCCGCUCAGCAACCCGGGGGCCACGAACACCAGCACCACCACCACGGCCCCCAGCAACAGCAGCAGCACUGGUGGGCGCCAGACGGGCCCCCCCAUCUCCGUGUACAGCGGGAUCCCCGACCGCCAGACCGUCCAGGUGAUCCAGCAGGCUUUGCACCGGCAACCCAACACAGCCGCACAAUACUUGCAGCAGAUGUACGCCGCCCAGCAGCAGCACCUGAUGCUGCAGACGGCAGCGCUCCAGCAGCAACACCUGGGGAGCAGCCAGCUGCAGAGCCUGGCCGCCAUCCAACAGGCAAGCAUGGCAGCCAAUCGGCAGGGCGUCUCCUCCGCUUCCAACGGGGCCACCCAGAACCCCCCUCAGCAGCCCACGAUCAACUUGGCCACCUCCCCUGCAGCGGCCCAGCUCAUCAACCGGGCGCAGAGUGCGAAUUCUGCGGCCGCCACCGCCUCGGGCAUCGCCCAGCAAGCCGUCCUUUUGGGCAACACCAGCAAUCCGACCUUGAGUGCGAGCCAGGCGCAAAUGUAUCUCCGGGCGCAGAUGCUCAUCUUCACCCCCACCGUCGCCACCGUCCAACCCGAGGGGACCAGCAACGGCAUGCAGCCCCCCACCACCUCCGCACCCCAGGUGCAGAAUCCGGCCCUCCGGACGCAGCAAGCGGUCAGCCAGGUGCUCGGCUCCACUGCCAGCCAGCAGCAGCCCCCCUUGGCUAUCAAGCCCGCCCCCAAUAACCACGGUGGCCAUUCCUGCCCGGCCAGCCCAGCUGCCCAGCUGAAGGGCGCCAAGGAAGGCGGGGCUGAGCUGCUUCCCGAGCACCUGAGGAAGGGCGAAGGGGGCGGGGCAGGCGGCAGCGGCGGGACAGCGGCCCCCUUGGACGGACGAGGCAGCGGCCCCAGCCGGACGGCCCCCCCCGCCCCCACCCACCCCCCGAUUGCCCCAGCCUACCCCCCAGCCCAGACUCAGUCGCAACCGCAGCAGCAGACUCAGCCCAAGCCCCUCCCACACCAGUUUGUGAUCCAGCAGCAGCUCCAGCCCAACCCCCCCCACCUGCCGGCCUUCAACGCCCCCGGCCCCAGCGCCCCCCCGGCCCCCCUGCCAGCCUGUCGGUCUCCCCCCCAGCACAAGCCGAACUCCAGCCAGACGUCGCCACGGCCCCCCGGCCCUCCUGCCCUGGGGCUGCAGCGGACAGACCGACGUCCCGCCGGGUGUCCGAACCACACAACUCAGCACAAGUUCCAGCACACCUCCGCGGUCAUCCUCCAGCUGCAGCCGCCCGUUGGGACGCUGCCCAUGGAGGGUCCCCGGAAAGACCCCGUCCCGGCUCUUCUCUCCCCUGAGGCUGCCUGCCUGUCUCCAUCAUCCCCUCCCAAAGCACCGGCUUCCGAGGGUACCGGACCCCCGCCACACGAGGCGACCCCCGGCAGCGUUCGCACGCCCCCAGACCCCAGCAGCCCCGGCAUGACAUCAGGAAACGGCAGUGCUGCCUCCACCGUUCCCAGCGCCGUGCCCCAAAACGGGGAGAACAAGCUGCCCCCCCAAGCGGUCGUGAAGCCCCAAAUCUUGACUCAUCUGAUCGAGGGGUUUGUGAUCCAGGAAGGGGCCGAACCGUUCCCGGUGGGCCGCUCCUCGCUGCUGGUGGGGAACUUGAAAAAGAAGUAUGCGCAGGCGGUUCUGGCAGAGAAGCCCCCGCUGCAAGAGACCACCACCACCACCGACUCCGAGAUGGAAGACCCUUACUUGCAAGAAUCCAAAGACGAGCCAUCCCCCCCGAAGUUGAAAUGCGAGCUGUGCGGCCGCCUCGAUUUUGCGUACAAAUUCAAGCGUUCGAAGCGCUUCUGUUCCAUGGCGUGUGCAAAGAGGUAUAACGUGGGUUGCACCAAGCGAGUGGGACUCUUCCAUCCGGACCGCAGCAAGCACCAGAAACCGAACACGCCUCCGCACUGUCGACGCCGACCCUGCAAGGGAGCCCUUCCCCCGCUCACUAAAGAAAGCAAAAAGACGGCACCGGCCUCCUUGCCACCCAGUUCAGCACCCAUGGCGAUACCCAGCUCUCUCCAGCUCGGCCGCGGACAAGAGGACUCCAGCCGUUGCUCGGACAACUCCAGCUACGAGGAGCCUCUUUCCCCUAUCUCGGCCAGCUCCUCCGCCUCCCGCCGGCGCCAGGGUGAGCGAGACAUGGAACUGCCAGAUGUCCACCUCCGGGACCUGGUGGGCAUGGAACGCCACUUCCUGCGCAGCGAGCCCACGAAGUGGAACGUGGAGGACGUCUACGAAUUCAUCCACUCCCUACCCGGCUGCCAGGAGAUCGCUGAUGAAUUCCGCGCCCAGGAGAUCGAUGGCCAGGCGCUGCUGCUGCUGAAGGAGGACCACCUCAUGAGCGCCAUGAACAUCAAGUUGGGGCCUGCCUUGAAGAUUUAUGCCCGUAUCUGCAUGUUGAAGGACUCUUAGGAGCCGGGGCUGGUGCUGGGCCGUGAUGGAUGGACGAUCAGCUUGGGGACGGGAGGGGAGAGCUCAGGUGGAUUCGGCCGUGGGGCCAACACUCCCUUUUCUCACCAGGUAACUUGAGCACAAAGAGCCCCCACUGACGGAGGGGAUGGGGAGAAGAGACAGACCCCGUCUUGGUGGUCCGAUGCCCUGAGGGCAGGUCCAUGGGGCCGUGUACAUAUGAAGAUGACGACAUAGUAGUCCGUAGCUUCCCUGUGGAGAACCCCAGGAGGGGAGGAAAGUGGAACUCUUUGGGCAGAGAAGGGAGGGGGCCACCAGGCCCUCUACGGCUCCAGCCGCCCACCUCCUUUGCAUUGGAAAAAGCCUCUUUGGAACCUCAAAGCCAAACAGGACCGUUGCCUUAAACUUUUGAGUAGGUAUGUGUGUGUGUGUGUGUGUGAUAUUGGUGCCACAUAGUGCACUUUCCCAUCUCUCUGGCUCCACCCAGCUCCCUGCAGCUCUUUCGGGCUCAUUGGGGCCCACCUCAAAACAGCACCUGGACAAAGCUGCCCUCCUCGUUGGUAUGCAUCCUUCUUUUCCGCCGUCCAUCCUUUUUUUUGCCCCCCCCCCCGUUUGAAAUUGGGAGUGGCCAGGUUGGAGCCACAACCAUGGGCUAUCCUGGGCUCUCCCCUUCUAAACAUCUGUGAUUCCACAGACCGAGACCAGUUCCCCAGCUGCCUUAAGAAACAUUUUGAGUUUGUUGCAGGUAUCAGUUCACACACAUCCCAUUUGAAAAAAAAUUAAUCCACCAAGGGAGGGGCAGGAGGGGCUGGUUUUCUCUCUGGAAGACGGGGCAGGCCUCAGGGGUGUCAGGAGUGGGUGGGUGGGUUCGCCUUGGGCAAUCAGGGACGGAAAGAGAGGCAAGCGGGAGUGCAGCUGAGCUGUAUCCCUCUGUGGUCGCCAGUUUGCAAUGCCUCAUUUUCCCGUGUGCUGGACACUCACCAAAGCCUUCUGGGCUGCGAGAAAAGGACUUUCUACUGUUUCUUCCAUCUCCUGGUUUUUAAUAAACAUCUUUGGGAAAAAAA